AAAAAAAUCCCAGAGAAGAAGAAGAAGAAGCUGUUGGUUUAGCUUGUCAAUAAUAACAGAAGAGAGAAAAGGGAGGCGGACUUGGCGUUAUACAGUUUUGUGGAGAAUAAGUCGUAGUGGCAGUGGUAGGUAGUAGUAUGGGUGCUCAUGGUGUUUUGGGCAACGAGCCCGAGUCCAUCGACUAUUCGGUACACGAAGCCUGGAAUGAGGCCACUAAUGUCUACCUACUGGUUAUACUGGUCAGCUUCGGCCUUCUCGUGUAUGCCAGAAAGAAUAAAAGGAAGAUAAUGCGCAUCUUCUCCCUGCCACCCACCGCCGGCAUUAGCCCUGAACCCAACUUCUACGACAGCCUGCAGAAGGUCCGCCUGAGACAGCAGCUGGAGAUGUACUCUCUAGCAAGGAAAUUUGACCAGCACCAAGGCCAGAAAGACAGUGUGCAACUUUCCAUGGAAUGAGAGCGAGGACCUCAACCCUUUUGUGUCAGAACUAAUAGUCCUGUGCCUUCAAGCCUUCUCUUCUCUAAUAGGGUAGGAUUUGAAUUGCAGUGUGAGCAUACAUUCAGUCACAUAAGCAACUCCUAUCCUGCUUGUGACUGUUGGGGUCCUCCAAUAAGAAUUGUCUUCUGUUGUCUCCUUGUAGUCUACUACGCAUGGAGUAGGUAAACCUUGAACAGUGGUGCAGCAAAGAACAUAGGGGAUUGUGGCGUCCUUCAGGUCUGCUUCAUGGUAUUCUGCAGGGACUGUCACUGAAAUGGAAAAAGUCUUAACUGCUUCCGAUGCUUCACUUAAGUACUUUCAGGAUAAUGUGAGUUUAAAAAUGUAGGAAUUCCUUGCACAUAGAACACAAUCCAAGAAAUGCAACUUUUUCUUUUUCUUAAUUGUUUCUUAAUUGUUUUUCUGCUUGGUUGUAAAUGCUGUGCUGUGAAAGUAAAAAGCAAGAGUUUGAUUUGUAGACCUGAGUAAGGAUUAAGAUCCUUUGUCUGUAUUUUUUUAUUUAACCUCUUGUAUGUUGUAAUAAAUGUCAGGGACAAAUAA